CUCGAGCAUCAUGGUAGAUUUUGUAUGAUAUCCUUGAUAUACAUUGCACGCAUGAGUAUACAUUGUCAAUGUCACCUGUCGAUAAUACUCGACUGUCUGAAUACCAUCGUCACGUUCUACGGUGUUAAAAGAUGUGUUUGCUUAAUACCGCGAUAUGUUCGAUAUGAAUCAGAUAAAAAUAUACACAGUCAUACUCGAUUUCUUAUUUCAUGAUUUUUGAGCUUAUACGGUAAGGAAAACCCAGACUUUGUUUAUCCUACUUUCCACAUAAAGGCCUGUUAUACACGCCCCUUUUUUGCCAGUACUUCUUCCGAUUGUAGCCCUUCGACAAGCGCAUAUCGAGUUAAAGACAGAGACGAGUGAACGACUCCCAGACAACAUCGCCGAUUGCACACACCGCCACCAUGCCUACCAAGUACAAGCUGAUCUACUUUAACUACCGUGCCCGAGCCGAGUGCGCCCGGCUCCUAUUCGCCCAAGCCGGAGUCGAGUACGAAGACUGUCGGCUGACGCAAGACGAGUUCAAAGCUAUAAAAGAGGAUGUAACGAAGUUCCCUCUUGGUCAGCUCCCGGUCUUGGUAAUAGAUGAUCAUCCCCCGCUUCCACAGAGCCAUGCCAUUGAGAGGUAUCUCGCCAAAAAAUUCGGUCUGUAUGGUAAAGAUGACGGAGAAACUGCGCGCAUCGACGUCGCGUGCGAGAGCAUCCGGGACCUGGUCACCUAUCUCAUGAAGAUCUACUUCGAAAGUGACACAACUAAGAAAGCUGAGUUGGAAAAGUCCUUCAUUGAGAAAGAUUCUGUGACCAUUCUCACCGCCAUGGCGAGGGUUCUGGAGAAGCAAAGCGAGCUAGAAAAAGGGUACUUCGUUGGAGAUGCAAUGACCCUUGCCGAUAUUGCCAUCUUCAAUUUCUUUGACGGGCUCUUCAAACACAUGCCUGCGCUGAUUGACAAGUAUCCGACGUUGAGGGCGUUUGAGGACAAAAUGAGGUCGGAACCAAAGAUAGCUGCUUGGCUUGCAAAGAGGCCAGACACUCAGUACUAAAGUAGGAAGAGAGAAACGUUCCCGGGGUCCAAGAGGGCUUAAGUCGCCGCCAUCUUAUCAUCCAUUUCCCAGACGCUUUGUGCAACGCUCAUGAUAUAUUGAAAAUGCCCGUCAACACACACUGGAUUAUAGAUUAGAGGUCAUUAUCGAAUGUUGAUUGAC